ACUCCAGGAGGUUUUGGCUCUAAUUCCACAUUAUAGAACAAAAGUGUCAAUAAUUAUUAGUGAUGAAGUAAAAAAAAAGAUUUGGAUGUUUCAGGCCGUCAGUGUCAGAUUAUUCUGAUGGAAUAAAAGAUUCAUUUAUUUUAGGGAUUUGACAAAGCUUUAAAAAUGCCACCAAUAAGGCUGGAGGCAUUCUGAGCAGAAUAUUGGUAAACUGGGUCAUAUCAUUUAAUAAAUAGCUCUGAAUGUUCCUUCUGCAUGUUUUCCUCUGUAAAUCAUUUCAGACCUUAUUCUCAAAUCUUUCUGUCUGGCUGUAAUCUCUCGUCCUCGUCCAGAAUGCUUUCAUGUUCUUCUGUUUUCUUGUUUCUUUAAUUGCCUCCACUUGCUGCGGUUUUGGUGCCGCUGCAGCAGAUGGCUUUGCAAUCUGGCCCCAGAUUAUUACAAUGGAGACGUGGAUAAUCUCAUCACAUUGUGGGCGAGCGGCGGACGCUGACCUCGGCUGCUUUGGGUCAGAACCUCGCUGCUCCGCUGACAUCCUGCUCCAGGAUCAAACUGCAGGACAGCUGUCUGGAUUUAGAUAGUGAUGACCAUAAUCUCAUUUGGCAGCCAAGCAGAGAAACUCGGAGCUCUGCACACGUUUAGCCCUCAAACGGAGGAAAGGAGGAAGAUCUGCAGCAGGAUGGGGAACACCAAGAGCAGCGCCUUGUCCAAGGAGCUCCUGGAGGAACUCAAGUCCAACACCAAGUACUCCGAGGCGGAGCUGUGCACCUGGUACCAGUCCUUCCUGAAGGAGUGUCCCGGCGGGAAGAUCACCAAGGAGCAGUUCGAAGGAAUCUACGCCAGCUUCUUCCCGGGCGCCGACCCCACAGCGUACGCACGCCACGUUUUCAGGAGCUUCGACACCAACGCAGACGGCACCCUGGACUUUAAGGAGUACAUCGUCGCUCUGCACCUCACCUCUGGAGGAAAGACUCUGCAGAAGCUGGAGUGGGCCUUCGCCUUGUACGACGUGGACGGCAAUGGAACCAUCAGCAAGAACGAGAUCCAAGAGAUCGUUAGGUCGAUAUUCAACAUGAUCCCAGCAGACGACCAGACAAAACUCCCCGAAGACGAAAACACUCCAGAGAAGAGAGCUGAAAAAAUCUGGGCAUUUUUCGGAAAGAAGGAAAACGAUAAAAUCACGGAGGGCGAAUUCAUCCAGGGAGUGAUGGAUAACAAGGACAUCCUGCGCUUGAUACAAUACGACGAGCCUCAGAGGAUCAAAGACAAGCUGAAAGAAAAGAAGCAAUAAUUCAGGAGCUAACGUUGAGAUUUAAGACUGUUAAUCUAUUUUUCUUUACCGUUUUAAUUUGCCUGUUUGAACUGUGUAUCUUCUUCUGUGAACUCUGUUCUGGUUACCAGCUAAACCAACGAAUUAAUCACCUGGUGAUAGUAACCAAACCUACAGCUUCAGAUUAGCUAACGGCUAAUUAAUACGGGACAGCCUUUAAAUCCUGUUAGAGCUUUUAUAUGAAAACUUGUACAAACUUUGCAGUUUGUGAUGUUAUUAAAAGUGAUUACCUUUGUGUAUUUGAUAUCUCACCCAGUUUAGUUGUCUGCCUGCCAUAAUGCCUCCAGCUAAUUAUCGUUAGCGAUCGGAGGGCUGCGUGUUUUUUCACACUUUGGUUCAUUCAUUAGCCUAAUUGUGAAAAAGUCAGAACUAGAGCUUCUUAUGUGGGGAAUUAGGCUCAAGUUAACAGUCCGCCUGCAUCAACCAAUCCUAUUAAAAGCUGAAGGUCAAUUGAGACACUCACGUAUUAGCAUGUGUGCUAAGAGAUAAUAGGGGCUUGACACAGGGUCAAUACUUUGCUUGAAUAUGUAUAAUUUAUACCUAUUUCUAACGGCCCAAUUCAUUUCUGUCUGAGAAAUUCAUUUAUUUAUUUGCAAUUUAUCUAAUAGAAACAAGUUAGAAAAAAUAUUAGCAGAAAUCUGUCAACAGCAAUAAUUAAUGUUCUAAAAAUGUUUGCCUUUGAGUGUCAGAAAUAAAUGUUCAGCCAUUUGGAUCUAUGGAGAAUGUUGCAGUUUUUGCUCGGAUUUGAAUUUGAAUAAAAACAACUUUUUCAGGCUCCGCCCCCUCCCACUCUGCUGAGCGGUAGUUACCAUGGCAAUUAUAAACUUGUUACUUUUUUAAGCAGUGAGGGACUGAUUGGUUGUUCAUUUAUUGCUGAAUCGAGCAAAGUACAUUUUGAGAGUUUAUUUUUUGGAAAUGAAAGCCACAUACAACUCAGAGGAUUUGGAUGGUGUUGAAUUCAUUUCAGUCAAGAAAGGCAGCAAAACGCAGCUGAAUUAAAAGAGCAAAUAAACCGAAGACAGAGAGACCAGAGGAAAUGUGAAGACAGAGAAAUGCACACGUGAACACUGACUCUUCAUGCAGACGGGGAUCUGAUGGGCUUCGUCUGGCUUGGUGCUGCAACUGGAUCCACCCAAUCUAGAAAUGCAUAAUCGAAUCAUCUGUUAAUCAGCACACAAAUUGAUCAAUGUUGCUUUCUGCUGCUGAACACCACCGUAAAAUAUUCCCUGCAUGUUUACCAAAAAUAAACAACGUUGUAGAGUGUAAACACCUCGCCUGCCUGAACGUCUGCAGAUCUGUCAAAACGUUUCACAGCAAAAUACAUCUAACCAGUAUCUACAAAUGUACACUGAUGCAGAGAAUAUAUCAAGGACAUUCCAGGUAUAGAAACUGAGAGGCACUAAAAGGUGUUUCGUGUAACUUGGACCACCUUUUCCCGCAGACUGGAUCCCAAUCGGAC